AUGGUUGGUCAAAAGGAAGCGAAGCACGCUUGUUUCAAAGGGUUGCGUCUGAGGUUUAAGGAAGAUAUAAUAAGCCAGCUACCAGAUCCUUUGAUAUGUCACAUACUUUAUCAUCUUCCUUUACAGGAAGCUGUUAAGACUAGCGUUUUGUCCACCCGAUGGAGAAGCCUCUGGCUUUGGGUUCCUCGUUUGGAACUUAACUCCCAAGACUUCACAGAUCUAAACGCCUUUGUGAGUUUUGGCAACAUGUUUUUCAACUCCGAUAGGGCUUCAUGCAUACACAAACUCAAGUUAACUAUUACUAUUGGGGAAAUUGACAAUGAUGCUUCCUAUGUCUCGUCCUGGAUUGAUGCAGCUAUCAAGCGUAAGGUCCAACAUCUAGAUUUACAUUGGUGUGGAGUGUCCAACUUCUUUACCAAACCCUUAAAGUUGUAUAACAGUGAGACUUUGGUAGACUUAAAACUCUCUGAAGUACUCUUGGAUGAUGCCAAGUUUGUUUACUUACCUUGUCUAAAGACUCUGCAUUUAGAAGAUAAUUGCUAUCCCAAUGAAGCCACUUUUGAGAAACUUGUGUCAUCAUGCCCUGUCCUUGAAGAGUUAAAUCUUAUUAUUCAUGAGGAGGAUACAAAAACCUUUAGGCUGCAGUCUCGGUCACUAAAGAAGCUCAAUUUAGUACGAGCUUAUUUUCACUUUCGUUCUUCUGAUCCGGGAGUUGUGAUUGAUGCUCCUCUACUAUGUUGUUUGAGCAUUUACGAUUAUGCAUCAGAAAGCUUUAUAGUAAACAACUUGGAGUCCAUUGCCAAGAUAGAUAUUUCUCUCCUCUUUGGUUCGGGGGUUUUUGAUGAACGCAAGAGAAGUAACGUCCACAGUUUUCUCCUCGGGAUCACUAGGGUCACGGAUAUGACGCUAUGUGCCAACACUUUCGAGAUAAUCUGUGGUCAAUAUUCAGAAUUAGAUCUGCUGCCUCGUUUUGGUUACAUGUCCCACCUGCAUGUUACUUCACGUAUAUCCGAUUUGAAAUGGUUACCAACCUUUCUUGACAGCUGCCCGAACGUAAAGUCUCUCGUCUUGAGUUGGUUUUGUGAUUAUGAGAAAAUGAUCUCUGAGGAAAUGAGUUUUCCAUUUGUACCUCAGUGCAUGUUAUCGUCUCUAGAGUAUGUUGAUUUUAAAGUCCGAAUCUUGGGACUCGCGGCAGAGAUGAAGCUAAUAAGGUACUUUAUAGAGAAUUCAGCAUUUCUCAAGAGACUUACUCUACGUUUGGUGGGUAAUUCAGCUAGAGAUAAUUAUACUCUCAAAGAACUUCUCCGAAUCCCAAGAGGCUCUACCAAUUGUGAAGUCGUUAUCCUUUGA